AUGUGGCUUACACUGGACGGCGGUCAGAACGUGAUCCAGCUGGAGACGGCGGUGGGCGCGGCCAUCAAGAGCUUCGACAACGCCCUGGGCAUCAACGUGCCGCGAUCCCGCUUCCUGCCCGUCAAGACCGUCUCCGACCUCCUAUUGGUCAUGUCCAACCUCUACAGCCUGGAGGCGGGCUCUCUCACCAUGAGCCAGAAGAGAGAGUUCCCUACCACGCCCCACGUCAAGCUGGGCAGCUCCUUCACUAAGGUCCAGGAAUACCAGACGCGGUUCGAGAGCAUCCCUGAUAUGCUGGAGCUGGAUCACCUGACUGUGUCCGGUGACGUCACGUUCGGAAAACAAGUUUCUCUCAAGGGAACGGUAAUCAUCAUAGCCAAUCACGGAGAUCGUAUCGACAUCCCGGCUGGAACGAUACUGGAGAACAAGAUUGUGUCGGGCAACCUUCGCAUCCUGGACCACUGAAGCCUUUAACUACUCCUCCAGCACCACACAUCCACCACCAUCAUGUGACCAGACACAUCCACCACCAUCAUGUGACGAAGCCAGACACAUCCACCACCAUCAUGUGACGAAGCCAGACACAUCCACCACCAUCAUGUGACGAAGCCAGACACAUCCACCACCAUCAUGUGACGAAGCCAGACACAUCCACCACAAUCAUGUGACCAGACACAUCCACCACCAUCAUGUGACCAGACACAUCCACCACCAUCAUGUGACCAAGCCAAACACAUCCACCCCAACCACGUGACCAGACACAUUCACCCCAAUCAUGUGACCGAGCCAGACUUGAUCCAGACUCCUUUAAAUAAACUCCUUAGAGAGGGGUGCCAUACCCAACAGAUUGUGAUGUGAUAUCCAUGCUAUACUAGACCUGUAGUAUUUCAGCUCCCUACCCAUUAGAUUCCCUUACUGGAUGAGAAUGAUGACACACGUCAUAUGGAUGUGAUGUCAAUGUUCAAUAUCCACUGUACAUAUUAGUGCAGUUUUAGGCUGGGAUUCAAUCCCAUUGCGGAUUUGGACAAUGCACCAUUUAAAGGUAACUCCUGAUUGAGCCGACAGAUGCAGUGUUUACCGUGAAUUUAGUGUCCAUGAACGUGGGACUUUAAAACAUUACAGACAAAGUGGGAUGGGAUCGCAUCCUCGGCCCUAAUUGACAAUUCAAUAUUAUAUCAUGUCCACAACAAUAUUAUAUCAUGUCCACAACAAUAUUAUAUCAUGUCCACAACAAUAUUAUAUCAUGUCCACAACAAUAUUAUAUCAUGUCCACAACAAUAUUAUAUAAUGUCCCCAACAAUAUUAUAUCAUGUCCACAACAAUAUUAUAUAAUGUCCCCAACAAUAUUAUAUCAUGUCCACAACAAUAUUAUAUCAUGUCCACAACAAUAUUAUAUAAUGUCCACAACAAUAUUAUAUAAUGUCCACAACAAUAUUAUAUCAUGUCCACAACAAUAUUAUAUCAUGUCCACAACAAUAUUAUAUCAUGUCCACAACAAUAUUAUAUCAUGUCCACAACAAUAUUAUAUCAUGUCCACAACAAUAUUAUAUAAUGUCCACAACAAUAUUAUAUCAUGUCCACAACAAUAUUAUAUAAUGUCCACAACAAUAUCGAAGGAAUACCAGUCAACAAUAUUAUGAAAUACUUGUCAUUGUUAUUUUAUCAGAACAUAUUUUGAAGGAGUUUGUCAAGUCUUUUUUUUUUUUUUUUUUACAACAAAAUUAUUAUUUCACUGUAAUCUUAUUCCACUUGUACCUUACUGUGUCUAUCCAUCCCUCUCUCCAUCCCUCUCUAUCCCUCUCCACCCCUCUCUCUACCCCUCUCUCCAUCCCUCUCUCUAUCCCUCUCUCCAUCCCUCUCUCUAUC